CUUUUUAACUUCAAAGUAGUUUUCCUCUGUUACUGAUUCACUCCCCCUCAGAGAUUUUCAGACUGACGUUUUCCACUUCUGAUUUGUGAUUUGCAUACGAGUUCUACUUCCUGCUGCAGAGCCUGUUCUGCAACUUACCUGAAAGAGAAAGAGAGAGAAAGAGAAAGGGGAGCAGAAAGGGAGAAAAGAAAACCAGAGAACCACCGGAAAAGAGUGUGCAGGAGAAAGCCCAACCGUCGCUCUCUACCCUUGGUCAGUCCAGCGUCCAGUCCUGCUAGCCCCAAGUUUGUUGGAAAAUCCUGGCACCAAAUUGAGAAAGUUGAUUCAUAUUUCCACAGUCUUCACAAAAACUUGAAAUGGCCUCCAUUGCAGGCACUGUGAUGAGUCGAAGCAUACCAGUUGAAGUUGAUGAAUCUGCAUUCCUGUCCCCAUUUCCAGAAAAUUCACUAGAAGAGGCUUUGAAACCUUCUGUUGAAAAUAUGGAGAAUUUGGUACCUUUAGGACCAUAUCCAACUCAAAUGUCUCAAAAUUCCUUGGCUGAUCAGUCACAUUUAUGUAAAUCCUCAGAGCUUGCAAACUAUCAUCAGCCUGAACCUCACAACGAAGCGAUGGAGGAUUUUGACAGCAGUCUUUGGGUAAGAUAUCAGGAUUCUGGAAAGGAUGUGCCUUCCUGUGCUUCCACUGAAUCAGAGUCUGGGAUGCUCCCACCUCAGUCUCAUCUUUUAGCUAUGGAGAAAACAAAUAAGCUAUUGAGAUCUCAGCUUUCAACUGAUUCUCCUGACACUGGACAUGACUCUUGUAAAUCAAACAAAAGUUUUUCUGAUGUUUCGCAGAAUUCACUUGAUGACAAAAGCCAAGAAAAUGUACAGUCACAUCAGCCAUCAAAUAACAGAGCACCAUUCGACCUGCCAACUGUAGACACCGGAUAUGAUUCUCAGCUUUGGGAUGUCAUGGGCAUCAGGCAGUUAGAACCUCCGUUACCACUUACAUCUGUGUUUAACCCCCAGGACCUUCCAGGACCAUUAAUAUCCAGAGAGUUUCUCAGAAUUGAACCUCAGCAGUAUCCUGUAUACCAACAAAUGCUGCACCAUAAUGUUUCUCCACAAGCUCACUGGAACCUCAGAUACCAUUGUCCAGUUGAUCCACACCACCAAAAUCCAUAUGGUAGGACUCCCUACCAACAUUUUGCACAUCCCUCGCAACCACUGCCUCCUGUUCCUGGACCUUGCAUGAGAGUCAUCCAUCCUGCCCAGCAAGUAAUCCAUAACUAUUCAAAUCCUCAUGCUCCUAAAUGCAAUGGAGAAAGAGUUCCACAAAGAGAAUGCUCCUCUGCGGUACGCCCACGAUUUCCAAACCAGUUAUACAACCAGGUACCCAAUGGAGGGCUGCCACCCACGGCAAGUGCCCAAGGUGAUGCUUACCGGUGUACUUCUGACUUCGGACCUCAGGUUAACAAUUUUGUGCCCCCAGCUGCUGUCCCAAGACCUCUUAGUAAUCCUGCAGCCAGGGGAACUCUGAGAACAAGCAAUUUGCCAGAAGAGUUACGUAAGGUUUUUAUAACCUAUUCUGUGGAUGCAGCUAUGGAGGUCAUGAAAUUUGUGAACUUUCUGCUUGUAAAUGGAUUUCAAACUGCAAUUGAUAUAUUUGAGGACACAGUACGAGGCAUUGACAUCAUUAAAUGGAUGGAACGCUACCUAGGUGAUAAGAUGGUGAUGAUAAUCAUUGCAAUCAGUCCAAAAUACAAACAGGAUGUUGAAGGGGCUGAAUCCCAGCUGGACAGGGAUGAGCAUGGCUUACAUACUAAAUACAUCCACAGGAUGAUGCAGAUUGAAUUUAUCCAACAAGGAAGCAUGAACUUUAGAUUCAUCCCUGUGCUCUUCCCAAAUGCUAAGAAGGAACAUGUGCCUACCUGGCUUCAGAACACUCACAUUUAUAGCUGGCCAAAAAAUAAGAACAACAUCUUGUUGCGGUUACUGAGAGAAGAGGAAUAUGUUGCUCCUCCAGUAGGACCUUUGCCUACACUCCAGGUUGUGCCAUUAUGAACAGUUUUACAGAAAGUGCAUGACAAGUAAUUGUUAAAGGGUGAUGUUGGCAGGGAGCUAGGACUUUUCCAGGUGGCCCUUUCUGAUGAUGGAAGAUUCUCUUUCUGCUAAAGGAGUUGUCUUGGGUAAUUCAGACUCAGCUCCCUCACUUUUCCACUGUAUCAAACAUCUCUUUCUGAAGCUGAGCAAGCAUAAUUCCUCUCUCAAUUCUUAAACACAUUGCAAAUGGAAAAAAUGUCCAAUUUUAUUUUUUUAUUGAUGUUUCUAAUAUUCCUCUACUAGUCUGACACACAGCACGUAAUUACUGUAAAUGAUGUUGCAAUUAGUAUAAAACAAUUCUGCCUUCCUGUUUGCUGAGGGUUUCUUUUGUUGUUAUCCAGAUGUUCUUGCAUAUUACAGUACUCUCAAACAAUGGAACAGACAAUAAAAUAUAUUUGCUUUUUGUAAAA